AUGGCGUACACUACAGUCACCACACACAUCCCCUACUCCUCGGCCUACUCCUAUCCUUCGUCCUGGCCUGGCGUCCCGGCACCCUCUGGUGCCCCUCUCAAGACGUCGGGAUGGCGACCAUACUGUCGUCCCUUCUUGCCAUAUCACCUUUGCCCUCCUCCGGCAGGGCCCCCUGCUCCAGGAAAGGUCGCCUGGCGCGGUACCAACGCUUCCUGGGUGGAGUGUCAGACAACUCACUCGGCACCCGGCGCGCCGUUCGAUCCGGACGACCGACGCCCAGGGGAGCUCCGCUACGUUGACCCCGAGCGUCAUCGCAACCGCGACAAUCCUAAGCCCCCACCCAUGCCCAUCAGGGCCAUCGCGACACUCCUCUUAGCGAUCGCCUCGGGUUGGCGUGCCCUUCGCGCUCGCAGCAUCCUCGCCCACCAGGAGGCCCAGGACGUGAUUGCGCACGUCGCCUUCCGUUGUGAUUGGUGGUACUGGAGGGCUCAACGCGUGUACCAACUACGCGUGCGUCCUGUGGCGCGGGACAUCCUCACGAUAGUCAAGGGUAUUUUUAUAGUCCUCGCUUUCGUCGUUGUAGUCACCCUGUUGGCUUUGAAACUGGUUAGGGAUGCUAUCGACUUCUUGGUCGUCCUGCUGGUCUUAACUUUGCUAAGCGUUCUAUUCUGA